GAUACUGUAAUUCCUAGAUAUCACUAAGGAGCCAGUGAAACUUGCGAGGUUCUAUAACACGGGAAAGCCUGCUGGGCGCAAAAUUCUGUGGCAUCUCUGAAAUACUACCUGAGAAUUUUUGUGUGCCAUGUCAAAGAAACGCAAAUGGGAUGAUGACUAUGUUCGUUACUGGUUCACCUGUACAACAGAAGUUGACGGAACUCAACGCCCACAGUGUGUGUUGUGUAACUCAGUAUUUUCAAAUGCUGACCUCAGACCAUCAAAACUGUCAGACCAUUUUAACAGACAGCAUGGCGGUGUGGCUGGGCAUGAUUUGAGUAGCUUGAAGCGUAUACCAACGCCAUCUGAUCAGAGUGAAACCUUGAAAGCAUUUGGUGUUGCAUCUCAUGAGGAUGCCUUAUUGCAAGCAUCAUACCAGUUUGCAUAUUUGUGUGCCAAGGAGAAGAAUCCUCAUACAAUUGCUGAAAAGUUGGUGAAACCUUGUGCGCUAGAAAUAGCACAAAUAGUUUUGGGACCAGAUGCACAAAAGAAGCUUCAGCAGGUACCCUUAUCAGAUGAUGUGAUCCAUUCUAGAAUUGAAGAAAUGAGCCAAGAUAUCUUAGAGCAAGUUCUAGAAGAUAUCAAAGCAAGUCCUCUUAAAGUGGGUAUUCAACUUGCUGAGACAACUGACAUGGAUGACUGCAGUCAGCUCAUGGCAUUUGUGCGAUAUAUAAAGGAAAGAGAGAUUUUAGAGGAGUUCCUAUUCUGUGAACCAUUGCAGAUAACCACGAAAGGAACAGACGUGUUCAACCUCUUCAGAGACUUCUUUGUGAAGCAUGAGAUAGCACUUGAUGUAUGUGGCUCUGUUUGUACUGAUGGUGCAUCCUCUAUGCUAGGAGGAAAUUCAGAAUUUGUUGCCUGUAUGAAAAAAGAGCUACCUCAUAUUGUGAUCACACAUUGUUUGUUGAACCCUCAUACGCUUGUCACAAAGACGUUGCCAACAAAACUGAGGGAAGCUCUGUUUACUGUGGUGAGAGUAAUAAAUUUUAUCAAAGGACGAGCUCCAAAUCAUCGUCUGUUUCAGGCUUUCUUUGAAGAAAUUGGUAUAGAAUAUAGUGUCCUCCUUUUUCAUACUGAAAUGAGAUGGCUUUCCAGAGGCCAGAUACUAACUCAUAUUUUUGAAAUGUAUGAAGGAGUAAAUCAGUUUCUUCACCACCAAAGCAGUAAUUUAGUUGAUGACUUUGAAAAUAAAGAGUUUAAAAUUCACCUGGCAUACGUUGCAGAUUUAUUCAAACACCUAAAUGAACUUAGUGCAUCUAUGCAAAGAACUGGGAUGAAUACAGUGUCAGCUAGAGAGAAGUUAUCUGCUUUUGUUAGGAAAUUUCCUUUCUGGCAAAAACGAAUUGAGAAAAGAAAUUUUACCAACUUUCCUUUUCUUGAAGAAAUAAUUAUUUCAGAUAACGAAGGUGUACGCAUUGCAGCUGAAAUAACACUGCAUCUGCAGCAGCUGAGCAGUUCCUUCCAUGGGUAUUUUUCCAUUGGAAAUCUCGAUGAGGCAAGCAAGUGGGUACUGGAUCCAUUUCUUUUUAACCUUGAUUUUGUUGAUGAUGGCUAUUUAAUGAAAAAUGACCUUGCCGAAUUACGAGCUAGUGGCCAAAUCCUAAUGGAAUUUGAGACAAUGAAACUAGAGGAUUUCUGGUGUGCUCAGUUCACAGUGUUUCCAAACUUGGCAAAGACGGCUCUAGAAAUCCUCCUGCCAUUUGCAACUACCUACCUUUGUGAGUUGGGAUUUUCAUCACUUUUACAUUUUAAAACAAAGUCAAGAAGUUGCUUUAAUAUGAGUGAAGACAUCCGUGUGGCUAUUUCAAAAAAAGUUCCUCGUUUCUCAGACAUCAUUAAACAAAAGCUACCGCAGAAGUCAUUAUAAGCUGAUACACUUUUGGAAUGUAUAAUUUUCUAAUAUAUUCUUAAUAGCAUUGUAAAAUUAAGCUGCAAUUCUGUUUCUUUUAUAUUUAUGGUAUACUGAAUUCUAUGUUUAAAAAUUUUAGCAACUUUAACUUUUAAUGAGGCGUGUGAAAAUGAGCAUUGAGAAUAAGAACACGGCAGUGUCCCAGUGCCUAGUCAAUACAUAGUAUUUUUCUGAUCCUGAAUAUGUUUCACCUGUUGAUGCAGUAGAUGAAAAGGGUUCCAAAGCGCUAGAAUGCCCAGCUAAUUGGUAUCACUGGCUAGGGACUGAGCCGAGAAAAAAAGAGAAGACUUCCCAAAAAUCAAAGGAAAAAAAUGACAGCCUAAGUCCUCCCAUCUGUUAGAGUUAAGGGGACAUCAAUGAAGUCAGAAGAUUAGGAAAUAUAAUAGAGAGGGCUGUUCUAGCUUAUUUAUAAAUGAACUCUGACAAUGUCCCUAGCUCCCAUGCUCUGAGUAACAUGGUAUUAAUAAAUAUCCUAAUAUCAUGUAAGUCUUUGUC